AUGGCAACCGCCAUGGACCCCGACUUUCCCUGCUCCCUAUCCAUCGACGUGCCCCUCCCCACUCAGCGCCUCGCAAAGACCGCGCUCCAGGCUUUGCAGGUCGACAAGGAACUCUCAGCGCUGGUCCGACGAAACUUGCUUAUUGCCGAGGGCGACGCACAAAGUCCUGCGGUUCUGCACGUAGAGUACAGUGCCACGACAAACCGUAUGCUGCGAGUGGCUGUGAACGGUUUUAUGGAAAGCUUGAAACUCGUCGUCGAGGUCAUGGAGACGCUUGAUGUCGAUGUUCUAGAGCCGGGGAGUAAUACAAACAUAUCAAGUUAA